UUUAAAAACAAGGAUUAAAAAAUAAAUUUUAAAUAUUACAUAAUAUAAAAAAGAAAAAAAUUUAUCUAUAAAUAUGCCUGCAAAACCAAAAUUUGAAUUUGAAAAAGAUCCCUUAGUCCACAUAGAUGGUGUCGAUGAAAAUGAAGAAGAUCGUAUAGCGAAAAGUUUUGAAGGACGUUGUCUUUUUAUAACCGGUGGAACUGGUUUCUUGGGAAAAGUUUUAGUUGAAAAACUAUUAAGGUCAUGUGGAGAUUUGAAAAAAAUAUAUUUACUCAUACGUCCCAAAAAGGGCAAAGAGCCAGUCGAACGUAUUAAGGAAAUGUUUGACAAUGUGCUCUUUGAUAUGGUCAAAAAACAAAGAGGUGAAGAUGUUAUUCUUAGUAAAGUUCAAGCCAUUUAUGGUGAUGUUUUACAACCCGGUUUGGGUAUAUCUGAAGAGGAUGUAGCUAUUUUAUCUCGAGAUGUUUCAAUUGUAUAUCACUGUGCCGCAACAGUAAGAUUUGAUGAACCUUUACGUCAAGCUGUUUUCAUGAAUACCCGAGGCACAAAAUACAUGUUAGAGUUGGCUGCUAAACUUAAGAACCUUUCAUUCUUUGCCUAUGUCUCCACGGCCUAUUGCCAUUUGCAUGUCAAGACUUUGUAUGAGAAGCCCUACGAUCCACCAGCGGAUCCCCAUAAGGUAAUGAAUGCCUGCGAAUGGUUGUCCGAUGAGGAAGUGGGUAUGAUUGAGAAGAAAAUUUUGGGUGACAUACCCAAUACAUAUGCCUACACAAAAUCUCUGGCUGAGGCUUUAGUGGUGGAAAAGUUUGAUGAAUUGCCAGCUGUUAUCCUAAGACCUUCUAUUGUUAUACCCAUAUGGCGUGAACCCAUACCCGGCUGGACAGAUAAUAUUAAUGGACCUACUGGUCUCUUGAUUGGUGCCGGUAAAGGUGUCAUUCGUACUAUGUAUUGUAAUUCAUCGGGCUUUGGUGAUUUCUUGCCCGUGGAUGUGGCUGUGAAUGGUAUUUUAGUGGCCAGUUGGCGUUUCUUGACCCGUGGUGCAGAGGAAACAAAUCGUGUAGCCCAUAUGACCAGUUCUAAUGAUAUCAAAGUAUCUUGGGCGGAAAUUAUUGAAUUGGGUCGUUGGGUAAUUGAAAAUCGUGUUCCCCUAAAUGGUGUUGCCUGGUAUCCAGGUGGUUCAAUGAAAUCUAAUUAUUUCGUACAUUGGAUUUGCAUGAUACUAUUCCACUGGUUACCGGCAAUAUUUGCCGAUAUUUUAUUGAGAAUAUUCGGUUAUCCUCCAGUUCUUAUGAGAGUCCAAGAUCGUAUUUCUAAAGGUUUUGAAGUAUUCGAAUAUUAUGCCAAUAAUGUAUGGAAUUUCGAUAAUACGGAAGCGGUUAAAAUGCGAAAACUUAUGAACAAAAAAGAACGUCUAACGUAUGUCAUAGAAAAGAUUGAUGUCGAUUUGAUUGAAUACUUUACAAAUUGUGUACUCUGUGCAAGACGUUUGAUACUCAAAGAAUCGGAUGAAUCUAUUCCAGCAGCAAAGAGACAUAUGAAAGUCAUGUGGUGUGUUGAUAAAAUAUUCAAGGGAAUGUGGAUAUUCGGCAUAGCUUAUAUGAUUUAUAAAUGUUUCUUAUCCGAUUAUUUAACUAGCACAACUGUUACCCAACCCAUAGGUUCAUUUUAAUUAUUAAUUAAUAAUUUAGUUAAUUAAGUGUUAAGUUUUAAGUAUUAGCCAUAAGCCAAAUAUUUUUUUGAUAUCAAUUCUAGUUUAUUUGAGAUUUUAUUGUUAUUUUUGUCUUCGCUGAAGAAUGAUAAUAAUUUAUGUAAUUUUUAUUUUUUCAAAUUUGAAUAUGAUUAGACGAAUAAGCUAAAUUUUUUUGAGGUGUAUAAUAAAAGUAUAUUUUGGAAUGUGAAUGAAAAGAAA